AUGAAUCACCCAUUUCCAGAGACUCUGUCUACUACAGUUACCAACUUUGGUGAUGCAAAGACACUUGAUUCACGACUGUCAAUGGACAGGACCCAUUCAAAUCUUAGUGUGGCAAUCCCAUAUCCAAAGGAAAAUCUGCCUUCGUCACCUCCAUCUUUGCCAUUCGUUGCUCCUCUCCACCUUCAAAAUACGGAGACCUAUGAGCAAUGGGUUGAACGAGAGAGGGCAGAGGCUAUUGUCAAGAGACGGUCACUUAGUGAGAUGGAACGAAUAAGUCCAAUGAAGAGGAGGUUAUAUUCUCCAUCUUGUGCGUCUAGAGUAGGCUCACCACCGCGAUGCCGGCAGCAUAGCAACAUGGACAAGGAUUCAGAUAUUUGCAGUUCACAAUAUCUUCCGAAGUUGUUAGAUGAGCCCGAAUCGAAGAUGGAAUCUUCUAGAAUCAGAAUAGGGAGAGCUCGAUGUAAGCCAACAACAAGCACUACUUCCGGGAGCCAUGACAUUCCAGGAUGGCCCUCACCAAAGGGAAAGGGCGUUGCGGAUGCCGCCGAAACGGAUUCGGUGGAAGAUAUCUGGUUGGAUAAUUCCUACGACAACUUGGUUCGGUGGAAGGAAGAACUGAAUGAAUUCAGAGGUGGAUUACAACCACAAGGCAGCCUUGCGUCAACAUUGACGGGUGCAUUCACAGCAGUAUCAGAACCCGAGGAAUCGCUUGCUCAAAUUCUGACACGUCUCAAAGCCACUGGGGCUAAUGAAGGAACUGGAAGACCACCAUUUGAUUUAAUCAAUCAGCAUAUCAAUUGUGUCAAUGGUGAGGCAGAUAGAAUUUACCAUACACAAGGCGGGAUAGAAUCAAGCGGCCAAAUAGUUGAUGACUCACCGGAAUUUAUUUUUUCCCCGGACGGACAAGCCCAGACACAUGCGGAACUCGAAGAACUUCGGAAAGAGGCAGCUACGUACCAGAGCGUGCGCGAUGUAUGCGCUAGUCCUCAACUAAGACCUCUAAAUAUGCAACGCAUUCAGUGUGAUCCUGAUAAAAUCAACUACGGUACCUUCGAAUACGUUCCUUUCAAUAUCAACAGGAGCUCUACGACACCCAAGGUGUCCAUGACAAUUCCAGAGAUUCCGAUUGGAAAUAUCACGAUCGAAUCAAGGCCUCCUGUCCUGGUACCAAAGCCAAAGAGGAAGCGCACAAAUUCUUUUAAUAGGUUCAUUGACUGGAUGUAUGAGAAAGUCAUGAACCUUAGUCAAAGCGUCGUGGUGGUUCGAGAGAAGCGUUGGCACAUUCCUACCCAGAGGUUUGUUCCUCGUGGCUCAUCGUCCACUGGUUAG